GUUAAUUAGAGGGUUAUUAGAGGUGUUGGGAUGACGUCACGGGGUUAAGCCCCGCCCCCCGCGCACGCUCCUGGGGCUCGUGUGAGCGCAGAUCUGCAGUUCUCUCUCUCAUCCGAUCCGAUCCGAUCCAGGAGUCAGUAUCUGAGCCGUGAUGGGUCGCAAAGAGCUUCAGUGCAGCUGGAAGAAAACCACCGACAACAUCAAAGACAUCUUUGAUUUUAAAGAAGUGCUCGGCUCGGGUUCGUUUUCUGAAGUGUUUCUGGUGAGAGAGAGACAGACGGGCAACUUUUACGCCCUGAAGUGUGUGAAGAAGAAACAGCUGCACAGCUCCAACCUGGAGAACGAGAUCAAAGUUCUGAGGAGGAUAAAGCACAGUAAUGUGGUGGGGCUGGUGGAUUUCUAUGAAAGCCGAACACACUAUUACCUGGUCAUGGAGCUGGUCUCAGGUGGUGAGUUGUUCGAUCGUAUUCUGGAUCGAGGUGUUUACACUGAAAAAGACGCCAGCAUUGUGAUCAAACAGGUCCUGGAGGCCGUGUCAUACCUGCAUCAGAACAGCAUCGUCCACAGAGACCUGAAGCCGGAGAAUCUACUGUACUACAGUCCAGAGGAAAACGCCAAGAUCAUGAUCAGUGACUUUGGUCUGUCUAAGAUGUCUGAUCAUGACGUGAUGUCCACCGCCUGUGGAACGCCGGGAUAUGUCGCUCCGGAGGUUCUGGCUCAGAAGCCGUACAGUAAAGCCGUGGACUGCUGGUCUAUUGGAGUCAUCACAUACGUGUUGUUGUGUGGAUAUCCUCCGUUCUACGAGGAGAAUGAAACCAGGCUGUUCUCUAAAAUAAUGAAGGCGGAGUAUGCGUUUCACUCGCCGUACUGGGACGACAUCUCUGAGUCGGCAAAGGACUUCAUCCGUCACAUGAUGGAGAAAAAUCCCAGCAAGCGUUUCACCACUGAAGAAGCGCUCAAUCAUCCGUGGAUUAUUGGACACACGGCUCAGAAUAACAACAUCUAUCAGUCCGUCUGCGAGCAGAUCCAGAAGAACUUCACAAGAUCUAAAUGGAAGCGUGUCAUUAAUGCGACAGUGGCAGUUCAUCACAUGCAACGCCUCAAGGCGGCUCACGCAGACCCUGCGGUCCCCCCACAGAUGCCGUCGAUCGAGGUGCUGGACGUCUCGUCUCUGGACCCGCCCCCUGAUGACCUGGACACCAAUGGGAACCCGUCGUGCAGUAACACCAGCCUAUCGCCUCAGUCUGAUCUCAGUAGUGGGCGUGGCCCGUUGAAGGCGUGUAACAGCGAGCCGAUGCAUGCGCUGGUCAUCACUGAGACGGGAGAGCACACGUAUCACUCCGAGUCUGAGCUGCACUGCGCUGCUCACAGUGCUACGGGUGGGCGGAGCCAGUCCCUGCAGACCGCAGUCUGCUCUAUGAUGUAAUUGUUGAUUGACAGCUGUCAGUCAAAUGAGGUCAGACGGAUGCUGACGGAUGCUUAUACGUGUGUGUGUGAUUUGUUUCUUUGGGUGUCAUUUCGAAACGGACUCGCAACUUGAAUUCAGAGUUACACAAGUGCCAACCACACACACACACUCACGUGCAGACACACAACUUUUCUAUUAAAUGUUUACUUUUUAGUGUGAUGAGGAAUUCAUGUUGAGACAGAAUUGAGACCAUUUAUUACAUUAUUGUCAUCAGAUGACAAAUGUUCAGAUGUUUGUUCAUUUAUGCACAGUAGUCAUAUUUAUGCCAUGAGCUGAUGGUGGUGCAUCAUGGGAAGGUUGGAGGAUUUGCCACAGUUCUACUUUGAGUUGCCUCAGGAAGCAAAAGUAUUUCAACCAGACAUGUAAACAUUCCGACAGAAAAACUCUUGUAUUUUUCCUCACUCACUGUUCUAGUCUCAUGACAUUUAUAUGUCAUAUGUGAUGAUUGUAACACAUAUAAGCAGCUGAUUUAUGGGCUUGCAUAGUGUGUUUAUACAUAUACAGACACUGAGGUUCAUCUGUGUGAAAUAAAAUGUCAAAUAAUAAAAAUGAUUUACUGUGUA